CACAGCAUUUACAUUGUAUUAGGUGUUAUAAGUAGCCUAGAGAUGAUUUAAAGUAUACAGGAGGCUAUGCAUAAGUUAUAGGCAAAUACUGCACUAUUUUACAUAGAGGUCCUGAGUAUUCAUGGAUUUUGGUAUCCGCAGGGGGUCCUGUAACCAAUCCCUUGUGGAUACUGAGGGAGGACUGUACUUGGUUUUUUAAGCAUUCCCCCUUCUUUUUUCCCCCCUAAGAGCACUACUUGUAAUUUUUAGAAUAUAAACAUAUAGAGACAGUCCCCUACUUAAAAUGAUUCAAUUUAGUAUUUUUCGACUUUAUGAUAGUGCAAAAGCAACACACAUUCAAUAGAAACCAUACUUUGAAUUUUGAAAUUUGAUCUUUUCUCAGGCUAGCAACAUGUGAUAUGAUACUCUCUUGUGAUGCUGGGCAGUGGAAGCAAGCCACAUGAUCAUGAGGGCUUAACAACCAUUCUGUACCCAUAUACUUUUCGCUUUCAGUACAGUACUCAGUAAAUUACAUGUUCUGCUUUUCGCUUUCAGUACAGUACUCAGUAAAUUGCAUGAGCUAUUUAACAUUUUAUUAUAAAAUAGGGUUUGUAUUGGAUAAUUUUGCCCAACUAUAGGCUAUUGUAAGUGUUCUGAGUACAUUAAAGGUGGGCUAGGCUAAGCUAUGAUGUUCAGUAGAUGUAUUAAAUACUUUUCCUACCUAAAGGUAUUUUCAGCUUAUGAUGGGUUUAUUGGGACAUAACCCCAUCAUAAGUCAAGGAAGGUCUGUGUGUGUGAUGGGGGGGACACUCUACCAUUGUACAAAUUGCAUUUUUAAUUUAACAGUAUAUUGUGAACAUCUAUUUCGUAGCCUUUUUUUUGUUGUUGUUGUUGUUGUUGCGGUACGCGGGCCUCUCACUGUUGUGGCCUCUCCCGUCGCGGAGCACAGGCUCCAGACGCGCAGGCUCAGCGGCCAUGGCUCACGGGCCCAGCCGCUCCGCGGCAUGUGGGAUCUUCCCGGACCGGGGCACGAACCCGUGUCCCCUGCAUCGGCAGGCGGACUCUCAACCACUGCGCCACCAGGGAAGCCCCGUAGCGUUUGUUUUAAUGACUGCAUAGAAUUCCUUUUUUGAUGGGCAAUCAACAUUUUUCAUGUUUUGCUAUUACAAAAAGGCUAUAAAGAAACACUAGUUUAACUUUAUUUUUGUGCACUUGUCUAGCUCUUUUUGGGGGGUAAAUUCCCAAUAGUGGGCUGCUCAAACAGAGAAUAUUUUACAGUGGGAGACUAUCAAAUUGUCCUCGAAAAAGUUUGCAUUAGUUUACGCUGCCCAGUAGUGUGUCUGAGUCCUUCCUCCCCGCCCUCCCACCACCCCGCCCUGCCCCAAUACUUGAAGACAAAGGAUGGUGGUAGGAUAGCAUUUGAGCAAGCUAUUGGAAGGAGAUAAUGGUAGGAGGUUACAAUUUCAGAAUGAACCACAUUGGAAUACUUUUAUCGGUGUUUAUUUUGGUUGACCAGUUGGAUAUUAUACUAUUAUUGAUCUUAUCAAGGCUCUUUGACUAAAGGAAUCAGAAAUAUGUUUGGGGUAGCUCAAAUAAGAGAUGUUAUUGUAGAGAUCUCUGAAUCCUCAGCUGGGCCUCGUACACGUAUUUCAAUACUUGGAAAAUGAGGAUUUGGUGUUUUUCUAUUCAUCUCUGGGACUUCAUGAUAUCUUUCAUCUCUAUGUUCUUGUGUUCUCAAUCUCAGUUUAUUUGUCUCUUCAAAUUUCAUCUUGCAUGUUGUCCAACUUGUUUUAACUACCUGUCAGUUUCAGAGCUCUCUCAAUGUCUCUCAGUUCAGAUUCUUAAAAGAAAUAGGUAGUUGGCCAGCCAGUGCUCUACUCAGCUCUUCCCAAAAGUGUGGAAUGUAAGUCUACUUCUUCUGUGGUUUGUUGGGAGUGGGAGGCAAACUGGAAACAAUAGGCAUAUCUAGUAUAUAUAAUUUGCAUUAUAUUCUAACUGUAGUGGUAAGAAAAGGGGCAUUCUGAGGAGAAAGAAUUAUGUAACAUAUGUGAAAAUCUCAUUGUCAAGCACCACACAGAUAUUAAUUCUUUUCAAAGGCAUAAGCACAGACUAGCACAUGAUAAAUGGUUAAUAUGUGCAGUAUUAGACUGCAUAUAUUAUUUUGUUCCACUAAAACAUGAGUUUAAAAUUUUUAUCCACUUUUUUUCUAAUUUCAGUCCCCAGAGUAGUGCUCAGCACAUAGAAGGCAGUCAAUAUAAUUAAUGUAUUUUACCUUAUCUUUCAGUUAAUAAUUUAAUUCAACAAGCAUCUAAUAUGCAGGAUAUUAUGCUGACUACUGUGGGUAGUUUUUGUUGUUGUUAUAAAUUUAUUUAUUUUAUUUAUUUUUGGCUGCGUUGGGUCUUUGUUGCUGCACGUGGGCUUUCUCUAGUUGCGUCGAGCAGGGGCUACUCUUCGUUGCGGUGCACAGGCUUCUCAUUGCGGUGGCUUCUCUUGUUGCGGAGCAUGCGCUCUAGGUGCGUGGGCUUCAGUGGUUGUGGCUCGCGGGAUCUAGAGCGCAGGCUCAGUAGCUGUGGCGCACGGGCUUAAUUGCUCCGCGGCAUGUGGGAUCUUCCCGGACCAGGGCUCUAACGCGUGUCCCCUGCAUUGGCAGGUGGAUUCUUAACCACUGCGCCACCAGGGAAGCCCUGUGGGUAGUUUUAAAAUAGUGACAGAUUAAAAAAAAGAGCGAGGGUUGUGGGGGUCUGCAUUCAAGGAGAUUAGAACAGAAAACAAGAUAAGAAAGGUAUACAUGUAACUAUAGUAUUUUGUAAGUUAAAAGCAGGUAACUUUUACUCCUACCACCUGACAGUGAUAAAUCCUGUUCUCUAAUCGUGUUAUCUAAUCCUACUUCUACUGGAUCUCUGUAGGCCACCUGCUCCAGGUCUUUUUAGUGAAGACAAUGGUUAUUUGGAAUUUUAAAGAAAAAAGGAUUGUCCUCGUUUGCUGAUCUCUUUCCACCAAGCUAUCAUGUAAACUGUUUAAUGAGUCUUGUCACAUUAGAAAUAUUAUAAAUUGGUAGAUCUUUUUAUGGCUUAUAACUCUGUGUGUGACAUUCAGCAUGUCCCCUAAAUGAAGUUCAGAAGUUUAAAAGAUUUAAGAGCUCCUCUGCAAGCCUUUUUCCAGUUUAGCCUGUACUACUUGCCCUUUUGAAUGCUUUUUUUUUCCUUUUCCUGUUUUGACUAUUAAUCAAUCAUAUUAGCCUGUUAGGCUUAGUGUUCCUGUCAGGCCUAUUAAAGAAUCGUGUAGUUUCUGCCACUAUGGUGAUUCUCCCUGAGUUCAGAGUGAGCAAGCAGACAGUCCCUGGGUGAAUCCUAGGGCUUCAUCCUUAAUCACCGUAUGGCUUUGGUUGUGUAUUAAAUAAAUGCUAAGUUAAUAAAUGGCAUUAGUAUAACCAGUCUUUUUAUUACUGUGUAUAUCCCAAUUGUUGUGGUGUUAUAUGCAUUUGUAAAAUGAUAUUUACAUAAGUAUAUCAAAGUGGAUAUUCAUUUAUGUAAAAUGUGAAUGCGUCUAUGUCCAUUUCUGAUAAUGUAAGCACCAGUUUCAGAAAUAUUAGGGGCUACAAGAAACUUGCAUGUAUGACAUUAUACAGAAUUCUUUUGUGAUAUCUUUGUGAGUGUAUUCAAAUAAGGAGGUCGUAUACAAACCUGUAAAGUGAAUGUAGGAAUAUUGAGGGCAUUGCUCCCCUAUGUAUCUUAAACUUUUGAGUUGGUGCAAAAAAAUGAUUGCAUUUUACCUGUCAAUAGUCAACAUCUGGCCUGCCUAUCUCCCAAAUUAGUGAUUUUCUCUUAGACUUAGAUGUUUACAGGUAUAUUCAUAUCCAGUGUAAGUAACCCAAGUGUACCAGUCUAUGAAUUAACUUAAUUAAAGGAUCUGUCAAGUUUUUAAAAUAGUUGAACAAAUUUUCCGGUUGCUGAGAAAAAUACCAAAAGCCGAUCAUAAAAUCUAGUUGAGUAAAAGGAGCCUUGUAGUUAAUCUGACCAGUUUAUGUGCAUUCUUUAUGUAUGAAUGGUCCCCACAGCCAGACAGCUGCAGAAUUUCUCUCCUUCCUAUAUAUGCUGGUACUAUUUUUUUUUCCUCAUUCUUCCCCUUCCCCUGCAUUACUGUUGUUUAUAUGUGUUGUGCAUUACUAUUGUCUGUUACUAUUUUUCUUCCUUUUCUGUUCUUCCUCUACUGUAGCAGUCAUUGGCAGUAGUGAUGGGAAAAGCAGAGGAGGGAGUAGGUGAGAAAUAGUGAGAAGCUAGAAGAAGUAAAAGCUGUAAUAGAACCUUCAUAACAUGCUUUCCAUCCUGUUGUAAUUGACUUAUAGGAAUAGUGAAAAUUAUGUUAUGCCCAUUCUUAAUUCUUACUUCGAUCCUUUUUCCCACCUCACUAGCUCAAGAGCCCCGAAAAUUCUCACCAUUUUCCCCAGCCCUGUGACUGCUCCUCAUAUCUUGGUUUCAAAUAUAGGCUUGAUGUCCUUUUACUAUAUCCCAGUCUCAUAUUUUUUUCCUCAAUUAUGAUUCUAAAUGAUUAGUAGCACUAAGUUAGGUUAUCCCUGUUGUGAUGAUGGAUAUUUAACUAGGCAUUGCCAAUAUUUACCUUGCUUACUUUCUUUUUCUUUGUUCUGUUUCUAACUACCCACACUCCAUUUGGAUUGGAAGACUUUGUUUUAUUGACAUCAAUUAUUAUUAUUAUAUUAUGUUCAUACUGCUAGGACUUGCCUGUUACUCUGAUCCUUAAGGUGAGUUUGCAUAUAUAUCUUAGACUCCCUUGUGUGUUGAUUUUUACCAUUUAACUCUCCAAGGACAACUUUAUUUGAGGGGGGAGGGGGAGGUUCUCAUUGAUACCUUAAUACACUGCAUACAGCUACUUAGGAAUAAGUCACAUCUCAUGGACAGUUCUAACAUUCAGCAUUAAGACUGAUUUCAGAAACAGAAUUUCGAAGAGCAUGUAGGCUAUCCUUUUGUCCUGUUUCCUGUUGUUCAGAGGAAAGCCAAGUCAGGCAUGUUCUAAGCAGAAUUAUUCUUUCUUACUGUUGAAUAAAAUUGAAAUUGUAUUUCAUUAUCUUUUAUUUAUAUCUAUUUGGUUUUGUGGGUUAAAAACUUGUUAGGGGUAGUUGUCAUUUAAUAGGUUUCACUAUAACAGUAAAAAAUACUUUAGUCUAAAAAGUACAUAGUGUACAUAUGUAAUAGAUGAACAGGGAUAUUAGUGUGCACUCUCUGCAUGUAUACAUUUUCUUUCUGUUUUUCUCCCCAAGCUUUUGAGUCUCUAACUUUUAAUGUCUUUUCAUUACAUUGAGAAAUUACAUUGAAAAAUUAUUUUGUUAAUAUGUUAAAGCCAUACUAUAUAGAGCAUUAUGGUAUUCUUAAGUAUUGGUAGAAUCCUCAUGAUAGUUAUUUUGUAAAUGUGUUUGCUUUCUGUUUUUCUCCCCACCCCUUUCAUUGUUUCACUUUUACUGUAAUUUCAGGUCCUCUUCUCAGUCAAGUAAGGUGAAAAAUAUUAUUAUGGAAUAUGCAUGCUGUUAUGGUGAUAUAGUUUAUUAAUAUACAGUUAUCUUCAUCUUCAUUUAAAGUAUUUAUUAAAGAACUUGCUAUAUGAUGAUCCUGAUUAAGGUGCUGUAAAAAUGAGAUAUAUACGACAUCUUUCAUAGAUUCAUUAUUUUCUAGCAUACAGAAAUGUAUGUCUAAGAAUGUAGACAAUAAUGCUAGACUUUCAAAAUAUAGACAAAAAUAAGUAAUAAAACUAUUGAUAUGUUUUUAACAGUUACAUUAUUAUUAAAGAGCAAGUAAAGCUUUAAAAUUACCUGUCACAUAGUGAGUGUUCAGUAUAUAUGGAUUAAUGGAAUAAGUUUAGUUGGUUGAUGAUUGAAGGGAAGUUGUAGGAAUUGCAAUUAACAAGGCCCAGGAGAAAAAUCACUAAGCACCGUUAAAAUUCAUGAGAAACUAAAGAACCAAAUUCUAUAGUUUAAUAAAUUAUUCUAGCUCAGUGUUUUGCAAGGGUUUUUUAAUUUAUGCUCCUUUCACAAACCUUCCUUUAAUGUUAGUUGAUGCUUCAAAACAAAUUUAGUAUCACUAAAACCAAAUCAUUAUUACCCCCCCACUUAUAGCAUAUAACCCUGAAAGAGAUCAUCUCAUCAAGAAUAAUUAUUUUUGCUAAUUUAAUAUAAAUUCCAGAUCCUUUGUUAUCAGGUGCUCUUCUAUGUCAUGUCUAUUUAAAUGUAUUUUCAUAACUAUGUUAGUAAUAAUUUACAAAUAGGUUGUUAAUUUUUAAAACCAAAGUUCUUUUAACAGAGUAUAAUCUGAACAAAAGUCAGAUACUUAUGGAGUUUUUUAUUUAUUAGGGUGGGGGGGAGGCAUGUGGAUAUAUUUUAAAUCAUUUUGGGUUAACUACUACAAAAGCACAACUUCUUACUAAUUUUUUUUCCUAUGAUUGGCAGAUUUUCUGGAUGUUUAAUUUAAUUUUUUGUUUCUGGUUUUCAGGCAUGUAUAAGACCAGGAAGAAAACAUAAUAAUAAUGAUUUUUAGAGCCUGACUUCUUAUGGAAACCAUCUUUUAAAAUUCAUCAAUAGUAAACAAUUGUCAGCUGAAAACUGUUAGUUCAGUCUUGGAGUUGGUAACAAUUUCAGUAUAUAUCAGUGUUCACACAGGUAUUUCUAAGGAAUCAGGAGAACCAAAGAAAUGAAGUUUACACCAUGGAUAGCACAGAGGAGAAGAAUGACAGCACAAAGGAGAAGAAUGACAAUUACAAAGAUGAUCUUCUGCUAAGGGUGGGACUUAAUGAUAAUAAAGCCGGAAUGGAAGGAUUAGAUAAAGAGAAAAUUAACAAAAUUAUAAUGGAAGCCACAAAGGGGUCCAGAUUUUAUGGAAAUGAGCUCAAGAAAGAAAAGCAAGUCAACCAACGAAUUGAAAAUAUGAUGCAACAAAAAGCUCAAAUUACCAGCCAGCAGCUAAGGAAAGCACAAUUACAGGUUGACAGAUUUGCAAUGGAAUUGGAACACAGCCGGGAUCUGAACAAUACCAUAGUACAUAUUGACAUGGAUGCUUUCUAUGCAGCUGUAGAAAUGAGGGACAAUCCAGAACUGAAGGAUAAACCCAUUGCUGUAGGAUCAGUGAGUAUGUUGACUACUUCGAAUUACCACGCAAGGAGAUUUGGUGUUCGUGCAGCCAUGCCAGGAUUCAUUGCAAAAAGACUCUGCCCACAACUUAUUAUAGUGCCCCCAAACUUUGACAAAUACCGAGCUGUGAGUAGAGAGGUUAAGGAAAUACUUGCUGAUUAUGAUCCCAAUUUUAUGGCCAUGAGUCUUGAUGAAGCCUACGUGAAUAUAACAAAGCAUUUAGAGGAAAGACAAAGUUGGCCUGAGGAGAAAAGGAAGUAUUUCAUCAAAACAGGGAACUCUCUAGAAAAUGAUAAACCAGGAAAGGAAGUUAAUAAACUGCGUGAGCAGGAACGAUCCAUCUCUCCUCUACUUUUUGAAGAUAGUCCUCCUGAUUUGCAGUCCCCAGGAAAUCCUUUCCAAGUGAACUUUGAAGAACUGAAUAAUCUUCAAAUACUCCAAAACUCAAUUGUUUUUGGAACAUCAGCUGAGGAAGUGGUAAAGGAAAUUCGUUUCAGAAUCGAGCAAAAAACUACACUGACAGCCAGUGCAGGCAUCGCACCAAAUACAAUGUUAGCGAAAGUAUGCAGUGAUAAGAAUAAACCAAAUGGACAAUACCAAAUUCUCCCUAAUAGACAAGCUGUGAUGGACUUCAUCAAGGACUUACCCAUUAGAAAGGUUUCUGGAAUAGGAAAAGUUACAGAGAAAAUGUUGAAGGCCCUUGGAAUUAUUACUUGUACAGAACUAUACCAACAGAGGGCAUUACUUUCUCUCCUUUUCUCUGAAACAUCUUGGCAUUAUUUCCUUCAUAUUUCCCUGGGUCUAGGUUCAACACAGCUGGCAAGGGAUGGAGAGAGGAAAAGCAUGAGUGUUGAGAGGACAUUCAGUGAGAUAAGUAAAGCAGAAGAACAGUACAGCUUGUGCCAAGAACUUUGCAGUGAACUUGCUCAAGACCUGCAGAAAGAAGGACUUAAGGGUAGAACUGUUACCAUUAAGCUAAAGAAUGUGAAUUUUGAAGUAAAAACUCGUGCAUCUACAGUUUCAUCUGUUGUUUCUACUGCAGAAGAAAUAUUUGCUAUUGCUAAAGAAUUGCUAAGAACAGAAAUUGAUGCUGAUUUUCCACAUCCCUUGAGAUUAAGACUUAUGGGGGUGCGACUAUCUGGUUUUCCCAAUGAAGAGGAGAAGAAAUGCCAACAAAGGAGCAUUAUUGGCUUCUUACAGCCUGGAAACCAAGCCCUGUCAGCCACCAGGUGUACACCAGAGAAAACUGACAAAGAUCAGUUUCUAAAACCUCUAGAAAUGUCCCAUAAGAAGAGUUUCUUUGAUAAAAAACGAUCUGAAAGGAAUUGGAGCUACCAGGACACAUUUAAAUGUGAAACUGUAGAUAAACAAAGUUUACAGACAUCACAAUUCUUCCAAGUUUUAAAGAAGAGGAUGAGUGAGAAUUUAGAAACAUUGGAGAAUUCAGAUAACUGCCAUAUAUUUACUUGUCCUGUUUGCUUCAGGGAGCAAGGAAGCAUCAGUCUGGAAGCCUUUAAUAAACAUGUAGAUGCGUGUCUUGAUGGACCUUCCAUCAGUGGAAACUCUAAAAUGUCCUCACGUUCACAUGCUUCCUCUACAGAAGUGAACGAGAAAGAAAAUGUCCAUGAUUUUGUUUCUGUCUGUGAGAAGCAGGAUUGUGAAACUCAUCAGAAGAAUGCAGAGAUCACAUCAGUAGAUUCUGUAGAGUUGGCAGAGACUACUGGUAAUCAAUCUAAUACAGAAGGUGUAGAUGUGCUAAGUAAUAAGCACAGUGAAGAGGAAUGUUCUAGUCUUCCAAGCAAAUCGUUUAAUAUGGAACACUAUCCUCAGAAUUGUUGCGCUGUUUCACUGGAAAAUGAAGAUGUUGCGUCAUUAGGAAGGAACGAGCCCCUACAACCUUAUUUAUAUGAAGUGAUCAGUGACCAAGUCCUCGUUUGUCCUGUUUGUAACCUAGAACAAAAGACUUCAGAUCUUACCCUAUUCAAUGUGCAUGUAGAUGUUUGCUUAAAUAAAGGCAUUAUCCAGGAACUGAGAAGAGAUAAGGUUAAUCCAGUUAACCAACCCAAAGAAAGCACCACAAGUACUGAUAACUCAGGCAAAGUACAGAAGAUUGGAACAAAAGCAAACAGGCCAGGACUGACGACAAAGUACUCGGCAUCAAAGAAAACAAAACCAAACAGUCCCAGACACACCCUUGAUAUAUUUUUUAAAUGAACUUUGAACAUUUUAUCAUUAAUUUUUGAUUGAAACUUGUUAUUUUAUAAUCAAUGAAUGUAUUCUUCCUCAUUCCAGGCUUACAGAUUCACUGAGUGAAAGGCAAGUGCAAUAAGCCCUCCCCAAAUGACAUUUCCUUUAUAUGAAUUUGGAAUAUAUACUAAUUUACUUCUGUAUAUUUUUUUGAUAACAAUGAGAAUUCCACUUCCAUUAUACUUCAAUUGGAAAUCAGUUCUGUUAGAGACAAUUUUAAAAUGAGAAGUUAGGAAUGGGAUCAGGAAGUGAUUUCCUUCUUUAUUAUGUUUUAUAGUGAAUAUAAAAACUUACAUUUAUAAGGGCUCUCAGAAGUUCAGAUAAACCUACUUUAGCAUAAGAAUUUUUCAGCACUUAACCACUUUGUUGGCACUGGACUGCUAUGUUUGAUCUUAGUAUCUUCUACAACUUUGUAUAAUUAUAUUUUAGCUCCUAGUAUCUUCAGAUACCUCAUGAACAUUCAUAAUUAAUACUUAUCUUAAGUUCUAUGAAGAGUAUUAGCUUAGCAGAACUAGCAUGAGUGGUUUUGUUACCUUCAGGAAAAUAAUGUCACAGUAUUAUUUGCUGUGUUAAAAGAAUUUUUGUUUAAAAUAUGAUUAUUCAUUUGAUUUUUUUAAUUUAAAAUUUCUUUAAUGAAUAAGCACUUGGUUCACUUUAAAAAAAUAUUUAGUCUAAGAUUCAAGGUAAUUAUUUUCUUAUCUAAGACUUUUAAAUAGCAAUAUUUCAUUUCUUGGCAGUUAUAUUUGUACUUUACACAAAUCUGUAAAAAAAGGAUAAAUUGUACACUCACUUCAUUUUUAUUAUGACCUUCUGGAGAAGAAUGUGCAAUUCAAAAGAUUAAUGUGUGUUAAAACACCUCAUUUAUCUUAGUUAUAUUUCUAUCAUGUUUUCAUUAAUAUUCGCGAAAGAAGACAGCUUAACAGUAGUUAGCUUAAGUAGUUGUUCCAAAUAUUUUUGUGCUAUCAAUAGAGGAGUUUUUAUCAAAAAAACAAUUAUUUAAUUGAAACAUGAAGAUGGAACCCAUUUUCUAUUACUGCUUUAAGGAACUGAAUCUUUUGUUCUCAUAUUUUUGUUUCUUUUCAUAUUUUAUAGCUCAUUACCUAAAUGUAUAAAGACAAUGUUUUAGGAGUAGCGUAAAUUAGAAUCUCACACAACCUUUGGCCAAAGUGUUAAUUUGACUUUAAAUUACUAGAUGGAUUAAAAUUAGGCUUAAUGUUUAUUAACAUACCAAUUUCAUGCCUAAUAUUAUUAUACGCUAUGCUUAAUACCUAGUUGUAGAGCUACGCUUCUUGAUUGUGUGAUUUACUUACAUUAAUUCUCUACAAAAUUAAGUUCAAUGAAGCACUGAUUUAAUGUAUUGAAAAGUAGAUGGAACCAUAUUUGUUCUUUUCUAUUCUAUUUUGUUUCAAGUUCAUUUUUAUUGUGUUUUCAACAUUAGAGUGAAUACUAAAUUAUUUUCACUUAGAUGAUUCAUUUAAUUGAAUGUUAUCAUUUAGUAAUAUUUAAUAAAAAUUUAAAAUGAAA